AUGGAUUCCGCAACCAAUGCACUGCGCCAUGUUUUCUUCUUCUUGAACUCGGCGCCUGCACAAUCUGCAUCGCCUUCAACAACCGCGCCCGCGCAUUCUGUUGAUGCGGCAACACGAUCUGACUCGGGACAUACCGCCACCAUCCCCUCACAGCAGUCCAAGGGAGACGAUGGUAUCGGCGUCAGCGCCAUCGUCCAAUUCGCAGGUCGCGAGUGCAAGCUUGUCGAUGACGUGCCAUCAGACUCUGAAGAUGGCAGUUGGCAUUGCAUUGACACCCCUUUGGAGUCUGACAACGGACUUCACACGGAGAGCCCUUUUGCAAAGGUACCGGGGGAUCUUACCAGCAGCACUCCUGUGCAGGGUGGUUCCGCGGAGAUCCGGAACACAACAGCAGCUUUUUCCAUGACUGACUGCACCACUGUUGCCGAGCACGAUGUCGCGCCUCGUCACACCAGUUCGCCGACUACGGAUGACCCGACGGAGCAGGAAUGGCUGUCCAUGGCUGCUAACACAAUCCUCGAUAACUUCACUCAAGAUGCCGAGGAGUCAAAGAAUCCACCACUGAAUGGAGACGAUCUCACUCAGAUCGAUCCCAACCGCUGUGAUAUGAGCUCGGUGGAGUUGAAUGAGCCGUCGCGCAGUAACGGUGUGGAUGCCGUCGAGGUCACCAAGACCGACGCACCUUCGUCGAUCAAGCUUGUUGCUCACACCACCUCUACACGUGCCGCAGAAAAAGCACCUGAGCUAAAGCAGCCCGCUUUGAACGUCAUCGUGGAUGGCGAAAAAUCUGCCACGAUUCACAGCAGCGCUUCAUCACCGUCCAAGACCACACCUUUGAGYAUUUCUGCAGCCGAGUUCGUCCCAUUCGGACCCGCGCGCCCGCCCGUGACUGGCCCGGCCAUCACUGCCACUGCUGCCGAGUUUGUUCCCACCGUGCACGGACCGGUCACAGCACCAGUGCAACACCGUCGCGAGCCCCGCCGACAGCCUGCUUCUACUGACUCUGCGGCACCCUUCUUUGAGCAGUGCCAGACGCCGGACAGAGGCGUCGGUCUAUUUGCCAUCAGGAACAUUCCAGCGRGCACCAGGCUCAUCUGCGAAGAUCCACUCCUCAAGAUCCCGGAGAACGACAUUGCUCUAACGAUCGAGGCCUACGAUCAGCUACCACAGGAGAAGAAGAGAAUCUUCAGGGAACUCCACGCCUUUGCCCCCAAGCAUAUCGAUUUCGAGCAGGAGAUUACUUCCAAUAAUGGUAACAUCGCUGACAAGCAGGAGGUGGCGAGACUGGUCGAGAUAAUGAGCAUCUUUGCCGCCAACGACUUUGUGCUUGCUGAUCAAUCCGCGCUGGGUGUAUUUGAAACCGCCUCACGCAUCAAUCACUCAUGUGUCCCAAACGUUCACUUCUCCAACAAUGCGGAGCUCCAAGGCAAGGAGACCGUGCAUGCUGCACGCGAUAUCGAGGCCGGCGAGGAGCUUUUGGCGAAUUAUCUCGGCGGUGUAUCCAACUAUCAGCGCACCGAGAAGCGUCAGGAAUACUUGUUGAAGCACUACGGUUUCAUGUGCAAGUGUGAUGCCUGCUCAGGGCUGAUCCCUGGAUCCGACGCUCAGCGUGAGGGUCUUGAAUGCGUUGUCUGGGGCCUCAACAAGUUCAAAUACCAAGACGGCACCACACCUGAUCAAAUUGGUAGCAAUCCCUACUACCCGGCUUCCCGACUGGCAGCAUUGGCGCAGGCCGAGGACGCCUGUAAGAUUCUCAUCGGGGAGCGUCUCAUCACCACUGAAUUGGCCAAGGCGUACCGGUUUGCUUCCGAUUUUGCGCUCGGACUAGGACAGUAUGAGAAGGCCCUCGGAUAUGCGUUCAGCGAGCUCAACAUCGAGCGCAGCAUCUUUGGGAUGGAGGUCAACGAUCUCAAGGUUCUCGGACUUGCGGCAGAACAGUGGAUUGCUUUCAUUCAGUAUCGAAUGGAUGAGCACAAGAUGCCCAUGCCUGGACUGAAAUUCUGGGUGGAUUGGCCCGAGAAGAAGGCGAUGUGGUAUGAGCUCCGCAAGGCUCAGAAGAAGCGUGCGGCGGAGGAGGAAGAGCAAAUGGCAGUCUUGGCAGCACAGCAGGAGAAGAAGGUGAAGAACAAGAAGAGAUGGCUCGAGAAGAAGCGGAAGCUCAAUCUACGCAAGGCUGCCGAACGCGAGGAGGCGUGCAAGGAUGCAGCAGAAGGAAAGGAGCCGGAUACUACACAGAAGACGCAGAACGGAGCCGAGAACAAGGAGAAUCGUGUGGAGAAGGAAGCGUGGGACGACGCUUCUGCUUGA